AUGGACGAGGAAUAUUAUAGCGGCGGGGGGGAUUGGGAAGGCCCGGACGCUAACACGGAGGAUUCAUAUAUUGAUGUGGAAAAUUUGGGGAAAAUCCAAGAGGAUUGUCUGAAGAAAUUUUCCAGCAGGGAUUACAUUAUGGAGCCUGCCAUUUUCAACACCCUUAAAAUGUAUUUCCAGGCAGGUGGUUCUCCAGAACACGUCAUCCAACUUCUGUCAGAAAACUACUCCGCAGUGGCUCAGACCGUCAACCUGCUGGCGGAGUGGCUCAUCCAGAUGGGUGUUGAGCCUGCACAAGUACAGGAACGAGUUGAGAAUCACCUUAAAAGUCUGCUGAUAAAGCACUUUGAUCCCCAAAAAGCAGAUUCCAUUUUCACCGUGGAGGGCGAGACACCUGCUUGGCUGGAGCAGAUGAUCGCUCACACGACUUGGCGAGACCUCUUCUACAAGCUGGCUGAGGCUCAUCCCGACUGUCUGAUGCUCAACUUCACCGUGAAGCUGAUUUCAGACGCAGGCUACCAGGGCGAAAUCACCAGUGUGUCGACGGCGUGCCAGCAGCUGGAGGUUUUCUCUCGGGUGUUGAGGACAUCUUUAGCUACGUUGCUGGAUGGAGGAGAGGAGAACCUGGAGAAGAACCUGCCCGAAUUUGCUAAAAUGGUGUGCCACGGUGAGCACACAUACCUCUUCGCUCAGGCUAUGAUGUCCAUCCUGGCCCAGGAAGAGCAAGGCGGCUCGGCCGUACGCCGGAUUGGUCAGGAGGUGCAGAAGUCGGCCCACAAGAGGGGCCACGAUGCCAGUCAGAUAACGCUGGCACUGGGUACGGCAGCGGCCUACCCCCGUGCCUGCCAGGCGCUGGGGGCCAUGUUGUCCAAAGGAGCCCUGAAUCCCGCCGAUAUCACUGUGCUCUUUAAGAUGUUCAGCAGCAUGGACCCACCUCCUGUGGAGCUGAUCAGAGUGCCAGCUUUUCUGGACCUCUUCAUGCAGUCGCUGUUCAAGCCUGGCUCAAAGAUUAACCAAGAUCAUAAGCACAAAUAUAUUCACAUCCUGGCCUACGCCGCCAGCGUGGUCGAGACGUGGAAAAAGAACAAGCGAGUGAACAUCAACAAGGAUGAGCUCAAAUCAUCCUCGAAGGCCAUCGAGACGGUGCAUAACCUUUGCUGCAACGAAAACAAAGGCGCCACAGAGUUGGUGGCUGAGCUCGGUACGCUGUACCAGUGCAUACGGUUCCCAGUGGUUGCCAUGGGGGUUCUGAAGUGGGUGGACUGGACCGUUUCGGAGCCUCGCUACUUUCAGCUGCAGACCGAUCACACACCGGUCCAUUUGGCUCUGCUGGAUGAGAUUUGCACGUGUCAUCAGCUGCUGCACCCUCAGGUUCUUCAGCUGCUCAUCAAGCUCUUUGAGACCGAACACUCGCAGCUCGACGUAAUGGAACAGUUGGAGCUCAAGAAGACGCUCCUGGACCGGAUGGUACAUCUGCUGAGUCGUGGUUAUGUCCUGCCUGUGGUUGGCUACAUUCGCAAGUGUCUGGAAAAGCUCAACACUGACAUCUCCCUCAUUCGCUAUUUUGUCACGGAGGUCCUAGACGUGAUCGCACCUCCAUACACGUCUGACUUUGUUCAGCUCUUCCUGCCCAUCUUGGAGAACGAUAGCAUCGCAGGAACAAUCCGCGCGGAAGGCGAACACGACCCAGUCGCAGAAUUCAUCGCUCAUUGCAAGUCAAAUUUCAUCAUGAUUAAUUGAGGACGUUUGAUAUCAUAAAGAGCUGAAAGACAUCUUUUGGAUUGACCGGUCUGAUGACGCAACUUGGGACUUGUGGCCUUUGAGAUAAACUGGGAGCUACUUGAGAUGCAGCUUCAGGACAGCUUUGUCUCCGCACAGUGAGAAGGCCACACAGCAUCUCUUAAAGACUGACAUUGUCAGCACAAUCAAUGUGUGAAAUAACUUAUGUGCAACCUUUUGUACGAUAAAGGCACGCUUUAAUCACUUCAGUGGAAAUCAGAGCAGAGCAACGUGACAGUGGUUCACCAUUCAUUUUAAGAUAUGUUGCUUAUUUUUAUUUUAAGAUGAAAACAAGUCUUUUGUGGUUUUCAAGUCUGUCUGGACUUUUGUUGUGUGGGAAAUUUGCUACGUGAUUGUUGUCAGAUCUCACCCAUGAUUAAGUGACUUUUUUUAAGACUAACAGUCUGCAUCUCUGACAAUUAAAAUGCCAACCAUUUGGAAAUCAAAUUUAAAAUACGCUUUUAGCCAGCAAAAGAAUUACACGUUCCCUUUUUGGUUAUGAUUAAAAGUUAAUCUUGACAGUCCUGCUGUACGCUAGACUAGGUAGUCUUUAGGAACUAUAAUGUCUCCAUAGACACAGUCCUUCUCUAUUGCCAGGUUGUAGGAACUUCCACUUCCUCCCUUGUAGGCACUGGUGACAAUCCUGAGCCAACCUUUCUCACCCUGAAGACAACCACAAGGCUUUAUAACAUGACGCUCUCAUAAUUUGACUUUGUAGCUCUCGAUCGACGCGCUUACCCACGGCUCUCCCCAGGAGUUCCGCACGAUCCAGUACUCGACACCGUUCUCCACUCCCCAUCCCACCACUGACACGAUGUGGUUCACGAAGGGCUCCUCAACGUACUCUGAGUAGAGUCCGCCGUUGUAUUUGUCUAGUUUGUCUGUCGCCAUGAUACCACAGCUAAAAGACACAAAUGUCCCAGUUUACUUACACAUAUGCAACAAUAAUCUUGGCUGAAAGAAAAAAAAAAAAGAGAAGACUGCAUCACAAAAUUCAGCGUAGUUUUCAUAUAGAAAACAAUGAAAAAUAUUUCAAUCACUUGUCUUAGCAAUUUUUUUUCUUUUACAGUCACUAGUGUCAGAAAAGUUGCAAAAUAUAGACUGAAAAUUACUAAGUUGGCAAAACAGACUACGUAAAAUAGCUAAUCUUGCUAUGUUGUUAGUGCAAGCAGUGCAUGUAAGUGAGGAAACACUUCACUAUUAAAGCCAAUGGGGUAAAAAAAAACAAUUAUUCAAUCUCGUUAAUACUAUUUUUGUAUAUUUAAUGCACUAUGGACUUGCCUUGUGUAUAAAUGGUGCUCUACAAAUAAACUUACCUCAUCCUA